AUGGAGCUAUCUCGUGCCGAGAGCGCGCUGCGGACGCUCAAGAACCGCCCCAAGGUGUCGCAGCCUGCGGUCGACACGGCUCUUGCUGUCCUUGAGCUCAUCUGCCCUUCGAAGACCCUCUCCGAGUCCCCCACACAGACGUCAGACGUCUCUCCGUCGGCUGACGAAGAGACACGACGUGAUCUUCUUCAGGAGGAGCUACAGACGCUGCUACUGCACGGCAAAGAGCGUUGGGAGCCCGUCGCCGUGUUCCUCGUGGUAGUACGUGACCUACUGAGCCGUCACCUCGAACUACCAGACCUGGACGCCAAUACAGACUUCAGUGUGCCCACUCCUGCCCUUCCGCUCUAUGUCUCAACUAUCGCGCCGCUGUCGGACGCCUUCGUGACGCAGACAGUCAAGCAAACCAUCCACCAACACAUGGAGUACUACGAGCCUCGAGUCCGCAUGGCAGUGGCCAAAUUACUCGGCGUCUUGGCCAAAUGGGACCUGCACUGGGUAACUCACGAGUUCACGCCACAGAUCGUAGACUCGGUCGUGUCCAACCUCAGUCGCUCGCCUGAUUUCGAAGAAACAGGCUUCGAUGAACUGGACGACAACGUCAGUAACAAUGGGAUGAUCACGCCGCCUCAAAGUCCUGAGGGAACGCCACGCACCCCCUCCACUCCCUACAGAUUGGACGAUGUCAGUGGCUGGAAGGCUCUGGAGAGCUCAUUGUGUGCUCUGAAAUACAUCAUCAAGGGCAGUGGUGUGGACUUCUUGAAGGAGAAGACGACGGACACUGGAGACAAGGAGUUUGUCUACUUAACGCCACAGAUUCUGGAGCUUGUGGCGACCAAGAGCUGCUUCCACAUCAAUCGCCACGUCCGAGUCGUGGGACUGGACACUAUCACUGUACUGUCAGAUAUUGCACCUGUGGGGUUCCUGGAAACCCAUCAGAGCACCGUGAGCGACACUCUGAACAAGUGUAUCAAGCGUGGCAUGGAGGAUAACUGGUGUCAAGUGCGUUAUGCUGCGUCCAUCUCAGCUCGUACCUUCUUAAUGAAGCUGCAGGAGAAGGGACGUGACGCUUAUCUGCCUAUUCUACUGCCCAGACUCUGUCUCAACCGCUACUACAUCGCUGAACGCGUGCAGAAGUACUCACAAGAGUCGUGGAGAAUGAUCAUGGGCGAUCAGGGACGCGAACUGGUGGCCAAAUAUGCCACGGAGAUCGUGGACUAUUACGUGGAGAUGACAAGCCACUGCGUCCGUGAAUCGGCGUGUCAGUGUAUUGCUGAGCUUGGAAUGAAGGUCGAUCCUACUGCCAUUCGUCCGCAUGUCAGUCGACUGAUGCAAGCUCUGCUCAUUUGCUUCUACGACGUGUCGAAUCUGGUGCGUGACGCUGCGUGUUUAGCGUCAGCUCAGCUGGUUCUGGGCUUCCCCGACGAGUGUCGUCCGUUCCUGGACGAGUUGUAUCAUCUGUGGAUCGACCAUCUAUCGGACGACAUUUGGUCUGUGCGUGAAGACGCAGCUAUCGCUCUGGGCAAUGUGAUCCGUGCUUACGGCCAAGAAGCUCUGGAUCGCGUCAUCAAGGUCAUGGAGGAAUACUUGCCACUCGCCAAGAAACAGCCAGCGAUGACGCAACAGGAAUACGACGAGAUCAUGCGUUCCGAGAAGAAACACUUGAGUAAGCAGGCCUUCUCUUGCUGCUCGCUGGAGCCAAAGCUGUUCGAGCGUCAUGAACAUCGCGACAAGGAGCCGUGGGAGCACACUGACGGCGCGAUCUACAUGGUACGCGAGUUGUGCUCUGUGGCUCCCGAGCACGCUGUGAAGUACCUUCCGCAGGUUGCAGACAUUGCGAUCCUGCGUCAUUUCCCUCAGACUGCAGUCUUGCAGGAGACGAUCUGGAAGCAGCUCCCGAUGAUGUGCGAGGCGCUGGGCAAGAAAGUAUUCAAGCGCUAUCUCGAGCUCUUCUUCGACCCCUUGGUUUUCACUCUGCAGGGCACGAGCCGUCUCACCAAGUUCGCAGCUCGUGACUGUGUCGCUCAGAUCAGCAAGCAGAUCGGACCCAGCAUUUUCCUGGGACGUCUGGAUGCCAACCCAGCGUGGAAAGAAGCACUGGGGCCUGUUGUGCCGGUGCAGUCGUACAUGAUCAAGUAAUGUCCUCGACUAGCUAUGGAGUUCCGGAGUUUACCGACGCUACUGAUUGGUGGUACUUGGGAUUCUUUUGACGGUUUUGCUGCUGCUUGGUCGACGUUGUUGAAUACUCAGGCACGUCGAUAUUCCACGGGACCUUGAGGUGUCACCACAACCGGCACUUGACCUUCGUACUGUGGCAACUGCUGCUUCUUCUUCUUCCGAUACACAGUGCAGUACCACAUCGACGCAUUCCCCGCGAUAAACGCGCCGACGAUCAGGAUCAAGCUCAAUAUUCCGUUCAUGAAGGUUGUUUCUCUCAAAGAAAAGAGGAAAUGAGAAAAAAAAAUGUGGGACAGGAUUCAAAUUCUCGUAUAAUAAUUCGCUU